GAGCGGAAGACGCGUGGAGCCGUGCGAGGACCCGUGGCUUGUGCAGGUGUGAGUCCCACCGAGAUCCCUCGUUUGGGUCUCCGCGCCUCUGUGGGGACCAGACGUCUGGCCGGAGCCCGGCAGCUGCGAGAGUGGAGCUCCUUGGCCGGGCCCUGCCGGAGGUCGUGCCGGGUGUCUCUUUACAUAGGAACAGGACAGAUCCGUAAAGAAUUCUGCUGUUGGAGAGCUGACUGCUAGGCGGGAUGGUUUCACUAAAAGUGCAUCUAUGAUAUGUGUUUUAGAAAUAAAAGUUAAACUUUGGUCUGAAUGAAAAAUGUCUCUCAAUACACCUAUAUUUCUCAAAGAAAGGGAAGAAGAUAAUUCAAAAUUUGUGGAAAUACAACAGUCACAAACUACAUCCAUAGCUGCAGAAUAUCCUCUUCAAAACUUAUGCUUAGCAUCUCAAGAAGUUCUUCAAAAAGCUCAGCAAAAUGGAAGAUCAAAAUGUCUCAAGUGUGGUGGUUCAAGAAUGUUCUACUGCUAUACAUGUUACGUCCCAGUUGAGAACGUACCUAUUGAACAGAUACCACGUGUGAAGCUUCCAUUGAAGAUUGACAUCAUUAAACAUCCAAAUGAAACAGACGGCAAAAGCACUGCUAUACAUGCAAAACUCUUAGCACCUGAAUUUGUGAAUAUUUAUACAUAUCCUUGUAUUCCAGAAUAUGAAGAAAAGGACCAUGAAGUUGCACUUGUUUUUCCUGGACCUAACUCUGUUUCAGUAAAAGAAAUUUCUUUUCAUCUCCAAGAAAAGAUUCAAAAUAAUGUUGGAGGCAAAAAUGAUGACCUUGACAAGCCAUUCAUUAAACGCAAGAAAACUGAAGAACAGGAUUUGAAUGACAGCAAGUGCAAAGAUACAACACUGAAAAAAAUUGUAUUCAUAGAUAGCACCUGGAACCAAACAAACAAAAUAUUCACUGAUGAGAGACUGCAAGGGUUGCUACAAGUUGAGUUGAAAACAAGAAAAACUUGCUUUUGGCGCCAUCAAAAAGGAAAGCCAGAUACCUUCCUUUCCACAAUUGAAGCCAUUUACUACUUUCUGGUAGAUUAUCAUACUGAUAUUUUAAAAGAGAAAUACAAAGGACAAUAUGAUAAUCUUUUAUUUUUCUACUCUUUUAUGCAUCAGUUGGUAAAGAAUGCCAAAUGCCCUGGAGACAAGGAAACAAGGAAACUUACCCAUUAGUUUUUAGGAAGUCAUUUAAUGUAAUUUUAUUUUGCUAAAAUCAAUAAAAUUAUAACUGUGCUUUGUUUAUUCCUAGGAAAUAUUUCUGUAUAAUGUCUGUAAGACCACUUGAAAAAAUAAGGUUUUAUUUAUUUUACUUCAUAUUUUUUAAAAUGAAGUUAUUUCUAAGGGAGUUUUCAGAGAUAGUGUUGGCUGAAAAAUUCAACUUGGCAUAUCUCAAUUUUAUUACCAUAUUUUAAUAUAAUAAUGUGUUGUAUUUAUAUAUAUAUGUAAUUAGAUAUAAUUAGAUAUUUGUUUAGAGAUCUUCAUAUCUUUCCACCUAUACUCACAGAGUCUCCUCAAGUAAUUUGUUUAAGGUUAAUGGCAAACAGGGGCAGAACUAGAAUUGUAGCUCAAGUCCCAUAGGGCUAUUUCUUCUUAAGUCCACCCUGUCUGUGGUGGACAUUUGUUGCUUUUUUCAUCUGCCUGGCAUCUUUUUUAGGGAGAAAUUGCUGGCAAUCAUGUCCUAUCAUAGGGAUGGACGUAUGACCCGGUUUAGCAAGCAAAAGUGCCUAGUGAUUGAUCCAGGGAUGAGCACAUGUCCCACCAUCCUUCUUGAUAAGUGAUAUGGUUGCUCUAGGAGAUAGGGUUUAUUUUUCAAAAAGCAGUGGUUAAAAGCACAACUCUAGAGCUAGACUAUCUAAAUCUAAGUCUCAGCUUUCUUUUUUCACCUACCAGUCAUUUGUCAGUUUCUUCAUUUCUGAAGAGAUGGUAAUACAGUAGCUAUUUUAGGAUUAUGGUGAGGUUUAACUGAAUUAAUGUAUCUAAGGGGCUUUCAACAGCAGCUGGCAUAUACUAAGUGCUAUAAAUGUGUUUACUCUUUUUAUUAUUUUAUGAAAUUGUGAAAUAAGCAUGAUGUAUAUAAUCCUAGAGCUACUGGUGACAUCUCUGCUGCAGGUGGCAAGAACUUGCCUUAGAAUGAAGCCAGCAAAAGAAAGCAGAGUGGAGAGAUAAAAAGACUGAGUCCUGAGGACAUCAUUUAAUCAUCUAAUCUAGCUGCUUGUGAAUGGAACCCUACUGUGCUGAAUAGCUUCUGUUUGCCCUCUGGAUCCACCCUCCACUCUUUCCCAUUCUGCUCUCUGCUCUGUGAGGUAGGUCCCCUUGACCACUGGCUUUUGCUUGGGAUCAGCAAAUGGAAGCACUGCAGGAGAUUGAAGGUUGAAAGGAAAAUGAAAUUAUUUAUUUCCCUUGCUCCUUUCCUGGCAGGUCACCAUGGGUUGGGUGUGUCCUUCUACUGAAGGUCAUCCUAUCAGGCAUCCCUUUCCCAGCAGUUAUUCCAGUUAACUUCAGGCCCAUGCUCCCUCCGUUUACCCCUUUUCACUUAUAUCGUGAUGAGUCCAGGGUAUUAAUAGCCCCAGAGUAGGUCAUUAUACCUUGCUGGUUUUCCUAAACCCUGCCUAUACCUUUGUAAAUAGUAAUUUUAUUAUAUUUUUCUCAAAUGUCCCCAUUUGAAGUUGCCCUCUUUCUGGGACACUGACUGUUAAAUUUCACCCAUGUGGGUGCUAGAAAUAACAGUACAUUUCCCAAAGUAUACUCAGUGGGACACGUGUUUUUAUGAAUAAAUGAGUAAUUGGUAAAAUUUGUUUGCUGCACCUUAUAUUCCCCUGUUAGAGAUUCAAAAGGCACAAGAUGAAAGUGCUGAAAAGUCCUGAAAUAAACAUUUUGAACUUUAUUUAAGUUAGUAUUUCUUAAACUUAUUUGAAUAAGUAAUGCCUGCUAAUAUACUGUGGAAAUAGAACAUUUGAAACAUUGUACUUUAGAGCGGUCCCUGAUUAAUAUAUAUGUGGCAGUUGAGGCCUAAAGAGAUUAAGUAACUUGCCUAUAAGGUCACACAACUAAUUAGUGGUAGAACCUUAUCUAGAAUCUAGGACUUCUGAUUUGGUUCAGUGAGGUCACCAUUAUAUUAUGCUUUUCAUUAAAAGGAAUAUGGAUUAUAUAAGGUUUGAAUAUUAUUAGUCCCAUACUCUUAGCCAGAUAAACUAGCUGACUUGCCUAUUAGUUAAUAGGCAAUAACUGGCCAGCAGUUAUUUUUCAAGAAUGGAAUUAAAAUGGAUUUCUUCAUGUUUAGAACUUGACCUUGGGAACAGAAGAAGGCCUGAAAUGAUUUAAGCAGGGCCAAAGUUGGAUUCCUCUGGGCUAAAUUUGAACUUUUCCUGAGCCAAAAUCUAUUGCCAUUUAACUGGCUCUCCAAACCAACAAAAUAUAAUUGUUAAAAGGGAGAGGGGGGAAAAAAGAACUCAUUUGCCCCUAUCUUACAGCUGUCUUAAGAAAGAUAACCCAUAUACUCCAUAAGAGCCUAAUUUAUAACUAAGGCCAGAAAAAUCUUAAGUUUUUCCCCCCAAGUAAUAAUAAUACCUGUUUGAACAAUGAA